AUCGAGACAGUAUAGUUUUUAUAAACAAACUAUGAUUUUUGAGCGGAGAUAAAAUUUAAGUGUUGAGCGGUCAAGCUAAACAACCAAAGUCUGUGAUAAAUAGUCAUAAAGAUAACGGAAUUGGCAACCUGCGAAAACAUGCCUCAGGGAAGACGAAAAGUUCCGUUUAGCGGAAAAGCUAAGAAGCAGCAGAUGCAGGCUAAAAAGCAACGGCAACGAACUUUGCUUGUAAAUUCAAAUGAUGAGGAAAGCUACAGCAGUGAAAGCAAUCCUGAACAUAAAAGACAGAUGAUAAAAAUAAAUGCACAACCAAAGGACAGCAAAUCUUCGAGGAGUAGAUAUGCGCUGCAAUUCUUUCAAGAAUCCAACGAGAAAUUGCGAAAACGCAAGGAACGAGCUUUUAAAAGUAUUGAACCCGCAACUCUUAAAGAUCAAGAGAUUUCCGACAAUUAUUUUCCACCUGGGAUUGACAUGCCGAAACGACCUCCGUGGGAUUUCAAUAUGACGAAGGAACAAUUGAACAUGAGAGAACAGAGAUAUUUCACAGAAUACUUGGAUAGUAUGGAAGAAUUAGCUGGCUUAAGUUAUUUCGAGUUAAAUCUAGAAACUUGGCGACAGUUGUGGAGGGUUUUAGAGAUGUCGGACGUCCUAUUAAUUAUUGUCGACAUCAGAUAUCCUGUUCUAAUGUUUCCUCCAUAUUUGUAUGACUACGUGACAAAAAAACUGAAGAAAGAUAUGAUUUUGGUAUUAAACAAGGUUGAUUUAGCACCUCCAGCGUUGGUGGUGGCUUGGAAAGAAUAUUUUCAUAAUCAAUACCCAAAAUUACAUAUUUUAAUGUUUACGUCGUAUCCUACUUACAAUCUCCGUGGUAAUACCAACAAUGAGGAAGGUAUACAGAAAAAAUUGCGUAAGGGAAAAUUGAGAAUGGCCGCGGAAGGAGCGCAGAAGUUGUUGGAGGCUUGUAAAGAUAUUGUUGGCGAUAAAGUCGAUCUAAGCUCCUGGCAUGAGAAGAUUCAGGAAGAGAUGCACUUGGAAUACGAUUUAGAUGACAUAAAUCACAAAGACAACGUGACAAUAGAAAAGGAAGAUACCACUUAUUUUAAACAUGAAAAAUAUAAAAAUGGAGUUUUGACUAUUGGAUGUAUUGGAACACCGAAUGUUGGAAAAUCUUCUUUGAUGAAUGCAUUAAUGGGCAAGAAAGUCGUGAGUGUGUCUCGCACUCCUGGUCACACUAAGCAUUUUCAAACCAUUUAUCUUACAAAGUCUGUGUGCCUGUGCGAUUGCCCUGGUUUAGUUUUUCCCUCAACCGUGCCCAAAGAAUUACAAAUACUAAUGGGUUCGUUCCCGAUCGCUCAAGUGAGGGACCCAUAUACUGUCGUACAAUUUCUGGCCGAAAGAGUGAAUCUACCAAAACUGUUGAAGAUCCCACAUCCAGAAAACGAUGAUACAUGGUCUGCUAUGGACAUCUGUGAUGGUUGGGCUAUCAAAAAGGAAUUUAAGACGGCUCGAGCAGCUAGAUUGGAUACAUAUAGAGCGGCAAAUUUAUUAUUACGAAUGACAUUAGAAGGAAAAAUUUGUUUAUAUAUAUAUCCGCCAAAUUGGACUAUUGAUAAAAAAAAAUGGGAAAAUCACGCAGAUGUUGAGACAGUAAGAUGGAUUCAAGCUAGAAAUAAAGGUGAUCAUUUCAGUACACCAACUGAAAUGUCUUCUGAAAGUGAAGAAAGUGGGGACGAAAGACUGACGGAAUCUUCUGACGAAAAUGUAACGAAUAAUGAUAUCUCAAUGGAGUCGUCAAACGAGGAAAACGAUGUGCCGCUUGUAGCUAAUAAGUUUUCAUUGUUAACUGCGGAAUAAUAAAAUAGUUUAUUAUAUUGCA